CUCUGGAUGUCGGGAAAAUGUUUUCGCUUGCAAGGAUAUUUGUGGCUGUUCCUUCCAAAUCUUCAUGGUUUUAACCUCGGAGAUCCGACGAAUUCCUCCGCCUCAGAAGUUUAUGUCGCUCCGGCGGGUCGCAGGUCAAGAACAUGGGGGCGAACAUCAAGAUUUGUCUCCAGCGGAAUUCAGGGGUGUUUCGAUUGUCCCUCAGAGAAGGCCUGCCGGCCAGGAGUCAGGUUCUAAUAGUCGUCGAUGAGUGUGACGGGGAGUCCAAUUUCGUCAAAGACAUCCUUCGCGCACAUCUUCUCCAUGAAAGUUUCAGACCAGUUGGCUCCACUCCAUCGUUACGACUCGAGGUCGGGGGUUUCGACGCUCCGGUGGAAGCGCAGGAACUCAGCAUUGUCAAGAUUCCUGAGGAUUCACUCGAGUGCGCCGCUUGCCGAUCGACGGCUGCGGACCUGCAGAAUCUGAGAGUUCACUAUCGAGAGCAUAUCGCUGACGGCACGCUGUCGUGUUCACACUGCGAGAUUCCCUUCAGCACUCUCGCAUCUUUCAAAGAACAUCUCCAACUGCACGAGCAGAAAGUCGAGAAACAGCUCGAUCGAUAUGUCGCGCGCUGUGAUCAGUGCGAAAUGACAUUCAGCUCCGUGAAAGGGCUUGCGAGUCACCGGAGGAAACACGUGUCCGAGCGGAAGAUACCAUUGAUGGAUGACCGGAGCAUGAAUGAGUCGCAUAUUCUCGUUCAGAAAACAGAGGGUCCCGUGACUGUUCGACGUCUUCUGGAGGAGCGCAAACAGCCUAUCGAUCAAAAUAAAGCGGACCUGAUCAUCUGCUCGCGUUGUGGUGAACUUUUCAACGCGAGGACGAAACUCGACGCACACCUCCUGAAAAUGCAUCCGGAUCUGCUGAACGACCGAUGUCCACAAUGUGAUCGGGUUUUCCUCACUCCGGCCCUCUUGCGCAGUCACAUCCUGGAGAGACACAGUGUACAUUUUUCGUCCGCCAUCGGAGCCGCCUCCGUUUCGCCGGAUCAAAAGAAAUUCGGUUGCCAAUACUGCCCAGCGACGUACAAUGAGCCCGUGGAUUUACUUUCCCAUUGCAAGAUGGAACAUCUCGAACGUCUGAGAUCCUUUGAAUGUCCGAAUUGUGCGAAGAAAUUCUGCAUGGAAAAGAGAUACCUCAACCACAUGCUCUCGAAAAGCAACGAUUGCGGGAAACGACCGGUUUGCGUUCUCUGCUCGAAGUUCUUCUCCUCCCCGAAGUCUCUGCGAGAUCACAUGCGAGCUGUGCACCCUGAGAGCGAAUCGCCAACGAGACUGAUUCGGUGCGGAGUGUGCAACGAAGGCUACGCUACCAAAUCAGCUCUGCGAUACCAUGUGAAAGCUAAGCACGGCAUGGAGCGGUACCCUUGCUCAGUAUGCGAUAAAACGUUCGCCUUGUCAGUUCAGAAAAUUCGACAUGAGCGUAGAGUUCAUCUACGGGGCGACAAGCUUUUCUCAUGUAAUCUCUGUGAGCGGACAUUCCUGACCUCCCGAGAACUUCUACAACACCUCUUGAACGGGCACAAAGUGGUACCGAGCGUCAACGAACAGGGUCAAGCGAUUCUACCGGACGGCAGCAUCGGGCCCACGAUGAAAUAUUACGCGUGCGAGUAUUGCUCGAUGACGACGUACUCGAGGAAAAGUUUCAUUCGCCACCGCGUCAGUCAUACAGGGAUUUGGCCAUUCACUUGUGAAGUUUGCGGGAAAGGUUUCUUGGAGCGUUUCCAAGCUCUUAAGCACGUGCGACAUCAACACGCUCUGACAUCAGAGACGACCCUCAAUUGCCCCCAAUGUCCGAGGGUGUUCGUGGACGAUUCGAGUUUCGAGAUUCACCAGGACGUGCACCGGAACUCGACGGGACACAUCUGCGAGAUGUGCCAAAAGCUUUAUGAGAAUCAGCACGCUCUGGAGAACCAUAAGUCGAUCGCCCACAACAUUCCGGUGGAUGAGAAAUUCCGAUGUGAACUAUGCAGCCAGGACUUCAUCGAUGAAGCUCUGCUGCGGAAACACAGAGUUUCGACCCAUAGACACUUCAAAUCUUUCCAUUGCCCGUUGUGCUCCCGGACCUUCAAACGCCGGGUCGACUUGCGUCUGCACAUCUACACCAUGUGUCGUCUCCGGAAGCCGCGGAAAACAUGCACGUUGUGUGAGAUGAGAUUCGGUAGUUCCCAUCUGUUCAGGAUACACCUCCGAUUUCAUGAAGGUCUCAAACCCUUCUCCUGCUCGAACUGCUGCAAAUCCUUCACACUGGCAUCAUCGCUUUCGAGACACAUGUUGAGAGAGCAUAUAAUAUCAGAACAGCGAGAGGAUUCGAGGAAAGGGGGAGCUUCGCCUGUCUUUGACGAAACCCCGGCAGCAUGCCCAGAGCUUCCGACAUCGACGAGAGUCACUGACGUUCUAAUCGCCUCCUCUUCGGAUCUACUCGACUUGGCCGAAAUAGCCGACGUCAUGGAGGUAGACUCCUCCGUAAUCUGA